UGAAGCCAGUGGUGCUCCUUCGUCCUCUCUCCAUAUCUUCUUCAUCUCCUUCAUGCCUUCACUUUCCAUCCAAAACAGUUCACCAUUGCCCAAUCUUUCGAGUCUCGUGCUCCUCUCCUCGGUCAGAGCUGUAGCAAAAAUUUUACAGGUAAAAGCCAAAGAUACAGGCACAAGAUCUGAAUACGAGCCAGGACUAUUGGAUGAUCUGUUCCUCACUCUGUUUCGAAACAAAAUGGUCAAGGAAGUUGGAUGGGAUUCUGAUAAACCUGGAUAUGACGGAUUAAUUCAAGUAGCCAAUCGCCUCAUGUUAACAGGGAGAACCAACGCUGAAACCAGAGAAGCAGCAGUUCGAAUAUUAAGAUCCCUGUUUCCUCCACUUAUAUUAGAUCUAUACAAAUUGCUCAUAUCUCCUUUAGGAGGAGGAAAAGCAGCUGCCUUGAUGGUUGCGAGAGUUACUGUACUCACCUGUCAGUGGCUUAUGGGUAAAUGCACAGUAAAUUCUAUAGAUCUUCCUGAUGGAACCUCAUUUGAAAGUGGGGUUUUUGUAGAAAGAUGCAAAUAUUUAGAAGAAAGCAAAUGUGUAGGGAUAUGUGUCAAUACAUGUAAACUUCCAACACAGACCUUCUUCAAUGAUUACAUGGGAGUCCCCUUACUGAUGGAGCCAAACUUCACAGAUUAUAGUUGUCAGUUUAAAUUUGGGGUUCCUCCUCCAAAGCCUGAAGAUGAUAGCACACUCAAGGAGCCUUGCCUUGAAGCAUGUCCUAUUGCAAGUCGAAGAAAGCAAGUGGCCCAAAACGUUGACAUAGGACAGUGCCCCAAAGCGUAAUUGCUCAGAAAUUAUAUAUAUAUAUAUAUAUAUAUAUGAGCUAAUCAACUACACCGUAACACAAUAGAGAUUGAUUCUAUAUGAGCUAAUAAUAAGCUACACAAUAAGUAUAGCUAAACAAUAUUGUGCCAUCCUGUCCUUACUCCACUCGGACUCGUAUAAAUCUACCAGCCAUCCCCUCAGGCAUCAUUUGGAAAAA